GGAGCACCGAUACAAAGCUUCAGUAACGAGUCGAAAGCUCGGGAAAGAGCUUCAAUCAACAACACGUUUUCAUUACAAUAGUCGUGUUAAAAUGUGCCAACCUUGCGAUUAUUCGGCCCCCAAUCACCUCAAACACCUGAAAAUGUGAAAUUUCCGUGGGUUUUUCUGUAGGAAUUUAGACUUCAACUAGACAUGAAGGUGGGCGCUUGGACGGUCGAUCGGGAGGUCCUCCGGAGAGACGGCUUGGUCCUCUUCAGCAAACUCAUCCGAACAAAGAACGUUGAGGGCCUACAAGAACAAAGCAGACCGACGGGGACCGAUGACCGCAAACAAAAGCUCACGAAAUGUCUGACGACUCUGGAUUUGACAUCGCUGGGAGUGGGAAGCUGUGUGGGAACUGGAAUGUAUGUGGUGGCAGGAAUGGUGGCAAAAAACUACGCUGGCCCUGGCGUGGUCAUCAGUUUCAUCAUUGCAGCAAUAGCCAGCAUAUUUUCAGGAGCCUGCUAUGCAGAGUUCGGUGUCAGGGUGCCACACACCACCGGCUCCGCAUACAUGUACUCGUACGUCACCGUCGGAGAAUUCAUCGCCUUCGUCAUUGGCUGGAACAUGAUCUUGGAGUAUUUAAUUGGGACAUCGGCAUGUGCUUGUGCACUCAGCGCCUGUUUUAACGCAUUGGCGAAUGGGGCAAUUAGGGCGGCAGUCGAGAAGAGCAUCUUUGGCACAAUGUUCGGCCGAGCCCCGGAUUUUCUGGCUUUCGUCAUAACCAUCUUGAUGAUGCUGCUCAUGGCAGCCGGGGUGAAAAAAUCGCUCAUAUUCAACAACGUCCUCAAUGCUAUUAAUCUGGCCGUUUGGGUGUUUACGAUGACUGCCGGCCUUUUCUACGUAAAUUCCGACAACUGGACCAAACACGACGGGUUUCUGCCGCACGGAUGGUCAGGGGUCUUUACUGGAGCAGCGACUUGCUUUUACGCCUUCAUCGGCUUCGAUAUCAUUGCAACAACGGGCGAAGAAGCCACCAAUCCGAAAAAAUCAAUCCCUCUCGCCAUUAUAACAAGUUUGGGAAUCAUCCUGACCGCCUACGUCACCAGUUCCAUGAUGCUGACAUUAAUCAUUCCCUUCAACGAGGUCGACGAGAAUUCGGCCCUGGUCGAAAUGUUCGGCCAAGUGGGCGCUUACAAAUGUAAAUACAUCGUGGCGGUGGGUGCCUUGGCCGGCCUCACCGUCAGCAUGUUCGGGUCCAUGUUCCCCAUGCCUCGGAUUAUUUACGCGAUGGCUCAAGACGGGUUAAUUUUCAAAAUUUUUUCGCAAGUGUGGCCGAGCACGGGAACCCCGGCUUUAGCAACGUUCAUUAGUGGGUUGGCAGCAGGUGUGGCUGCUCUUUUUAUAAGGUUAGAAAUCCUCGUAGAAAUGAUGUCGAUAGGUACCCUUUUAGCUUAUACGUUAGUAUCGACAUGUGUCCUAAUAUUGAGGUAUCAACCCCACUCGACAAAUCUAGUAGAGUUGUUACCUCAAAGUUUGAGAACUCCAUUGAGAGGAUCUCCAACGAAAGAAGGAUUGACUCAAAAUCCGAACGGACAAGCCUUGUACGGGAACCAACUCCACCCAGACGCUUUGAAACAAGCGAUUGACGCUAGCUUAGGACCGCCGAUUCCUUCACCGUCGCCCUCGCCGCUGCCCACCCAAACCACGCAGAGGGUCAUGGUGAGGAGGGUCACCAGGAGCUCACCAGACAGUGACGACACUUACGGAGCAGACGAACAAGAAGAAGAGUUCUCCAUGCGAGACGACCAGUUCCUAGUUUCAGACCGGACGGAAAACAAAUUUUACGGAACUCUGCACGGCGCCGGCAGCGCGACCAGCACGGGCGGGGUUGUGGGGUCCACCGUGGGGCCCAGCCUGGGCUACAUCGGCCGCCGGUUACAGGCUGCGACUUAUUUAUGCCCUGCGAUAUUCCCAUGGGUGGACACCGGCCCUGCCACUGAAGAGUCGGGGAUGUUUGUGAUGAAAAUGGUGGGAAUAUUGUAUUUAUUAAUCAUAAUUUUCGAUCUGAUGAUGGUCUGCGGGAUGCACAACAUGUCAGGGACUUUAACAUUUUUUCUUUUCCUUUUCUUGUUCGCCAUUAUUGCGGUUUUAUUAGUCAUAUCGAGGAAGCCACAAAAUCGCAACACUUUGAUGUUCAUGACACCAGGUUUGCCUUUCGUUCCUGCCGUCGCGAUCACCGUUAACAUCUACCUAAUUUUCAAACUGUCGAUCCUAACUCUAGUCAGAUUCACGAUUUGGAUGACUUUGGGAUUCAUCAUGUAUUUCUACUACGGGAUUAAGAAUAGCAUUCUCGAGGAAGGGGAAGGAGACCAAAAUAUCGAACUGACUGUGACCGACCACGAGAAGCCCAAAUACAACAACACAGAUCAGACGAUUUUCAGCCAAGAACAACCCACAUAUGACUGGGAUCCCAAGACCGUUUGGGACCAUCAGCCCUCAUGGGCCCAACCCACCCAGCAAUACCAAGUAGAACAACAAUACAACGUAGAAACGAAUAACACGAGGUCGGUCAUUAACAGAGCGAAUCCCACGAGCGGUUCUAGUCUUUUUGUCAACGAUCCUAACGCAUUCCCCACAUGGGACGACUAGUGAGAUAGGAAGCGCGAUCUGUUGUUCUGUUAUCAAAAUUAUGGUUGUUAUCGUAUAGUUAAAAAGGACUUUAACUGGACUGAUGUUUUCAAUAAUUAUGGUAGAGAUAGUUACGUUUUUUCGUAUUACUGCUAGUCAUAAAUUCUAAAACUGGGAGGCAUGAGACAAGGAUUUAGUUGCACAGUCGUGAUGCACACCCUCUUUCCUUGAAUUUUAUAACGGUGUUUGCAACAUUUUAUUAAAUUGUAAAUAGCGGUGAUAUUUGUAAGUAGACUCAUUGUUUUGCAAUCUUUUAUCAAGUUGCCUAAAUAUACAGGGUGUCACGAUUGAAUCUUGCUAGUUGUGAAUUAGGUUGUGAGUAGUUAAGGUCUUGCCUUUCUUUUUCUAUUAGCCAAUUGAAUUUCAAACACCCUGUAUAGAUUUUCGAAACAGAUCUCUAACCAUAUCAAUUUUUUCAUACAGUUAGUAAUUAAUUGAUCUCUGUCAAAUUGUAACGAGUGUCCAUGUUUGUGACUUCCAAAUUCUUUCUGGUUUAAGUUGUUGCGUCUUCCCUGUUUGUGCACUUUUUCGUUUUGUUUUUAGAGAAUGCGGAAGUCAGUUACGCCAUGGAAACGGUAAUCUGGUGAUAACACACGGCACAAUUUUACUCUAGUAUCAAAAAUAAUUAAAUUAGUGAUUCGAGCACCAGUUGAUACUUGGGAGGAGAAUUUCCCGAGUAUCGUUAUCAGUAUUAUAAAUUGCGAUUUUUUGUGGUUUGUGUCGCUUCUUAGGUUGACUUGUUGCUUCGAAUAUUGUUUUGUAUUAUACAAGGAACUAACUACCUGUUGUAAAUAGUUUUGAGUUGAAGCAAAAACUAAGUGUUGCAAAAUGUUCUAAAAAUACCCAAAAUGUAUAAAGAAGCACGUACCUAAAUGUUGAUAGCUUGUUAUUAUCUUAUUUCAGUUGUCUUAAUCACGCCUUUGUAAAUACACAGGACUGAUUAAAAUAUUAAUUAAUAUAUUUCACAUACGUCAGUGCCUGGAUUUAAGGAAUGCAUGAAAGAUAUUUCGGUUGAUUUUUCUUAUUAAACGCAUUUAUCAUGAAAUCGCAAUUUCCUAAGGCCACCUCUUUUCAAUUUAAGACAAUAAAUGUGCGUCUCCACAAUGCCACUCACUGCAUUUUGCCCGAUUUAUUUGUUAAUAACAAUAAGUUCCUCUAACUCUUCCUCACAAACAUAUCCAGGUUUUGUGGUAAAUGCGUCGCCAAUUUCGUAGGAUAACUAAAAACGUUAUGAUGUCUAUUGAUAUUAAGGGUUUCAUUCUUUUGUGUACUUGUAAGUAAAUCGUGAAAACAUGUAUGAACAACGAAACGUUAUUCCUAAUUGACUUGAAAAUGUUUGUACAUGUUGGGAUUACUUGCAAUCGUUUCGUAAUUAUUUUUCAGAUUAGGGUUUCUUUCAGUAUUGUAAAGGGUUACAUUUGUAAUAUAAGUAAUUAUAGUGAUAUCUUGAUGUUAUUUCUUCCGAUAUAUACAUAUUACAUAAGUAUGUUUUAGAUAUUUAAAAUGUUAUUUGAUGAUAUUCAUUGGAAAUAAAUAAUUUCAGCAUUGA